UCCCCUCCCCCCCCUCUCUCUCUCUCUCUCUCUCUCUCUCUCUCUCUCCAAAAUACACAGAUUUAAACAAAAACCCAGUUCGUAUCUCGAAACUCCACAGCCAAAUCACAACCCAAAACAUCAAAGCUCGAAGCUGUCCAAUGGGUUUUCCAGUUGGGUACACAGAGCUUCUGCUCCCAAAGCUCUUCAUCCACACACUCACUCUGCUGGGUCUAAUCCGAAAGCUCAUCUCCACCUUCUUCUCCCUGCUGGGUCUCCAAGAUUUCAUCGAGCCCGACAAUGCCUGGUCCGAUCCGCCAAUCCGAUUCCCGGAGUUCCACUCUGUCUCCGCCGUUCUGAUCCGGGAAAUCCUUCCCCUGGCGAAGUUCUCGGACCUGGUCGACCCGCCCGAGUCGUGCGCUGUGUGCCUGUGCGAGUUCGAGAGCGAGGACGAGAUACGACGGCUCACGAACUGUUGUCACGUCUUCCACAAAAGGUGCGUGGACCGGUGGGUCGGGUACGAGCAGAAGACGUGCCCGCUGUGUCGUACGCCGUUCAUAUCGGAAGAUAUGCAGGGCGAUUUCAAUGAGAGACUUUGGGCCGCUUCUGGGAUCCCCGAUUUUUACGACGAUUAUUCUCACACUAAUCUUGGUUUUGAAUUGUAGCACUUCCAAAUUCAAAGUCUUUUACUUUUCUUUUUACUUUGAAGACAGAGAAAUUUACGAGAGGAUUACUAGAAUCCAACUCAUGGUCUUAUUGUGAAUGUAGAUUCUACCACGGAGUUAGUUACCGGAGCUAUAGGAAACUCCGAAGUUGAUGUUAAUAUGUAAAUAUAGGAUAUUGUUGGAUGAAAAAGAAAAAAAAAUGAGAAUUGAGUGCAAAUGAGAUGAUUUUGUAUAGUUUUUGUUUUCUUUGGUGUGGAAAAUGAGAAUUUGGGGAUGGCAAA